CCAGUUUGCUAGUUCUGUAGAAGGCCACCGGUCCUUCUGGAUCUCUCCUUUCUGCCUCAGACGAGAAUCUUCUAGAGGCCGGAGCGCAGCAUUAAGACUGGGAGACACAGGCGGUCUGGGGGAAGAUCAUAGAGAGGAGGAAGACCUCAGAGAAACCAACCAACCGGUCCAACAUGGCUCUGUGUUACAACAAAGGCUGCGGCGAGAAGUUUGACCCCAGCAAGAACAAGGAUGAUUCCUGCAUCUUCCACCCAGGAAUCCCCAUCUUCCAUGAUGCCCUGAAGGGUUGGUCCUGCUGUAAGAAAAGGACAACGGACUUCUCAGAGUUCCUCUCCAUCAAGGGCUGCACCCGUGGGCGCCAUAGCAACGUGAAGCCUCAGGAGCCUCUGAGGCCCGAGGUGUCCUCAGACAAAGGCCAGAUCUCACACACCAACGGCCAGGAGAUCAUCUAUCAGGGCCCCAAAUCCGCCGAGGCGCUGCAGAAAGAGAGGCCCAGCUCAGAUCAGCCUUUGACCAAGCUGCCCCACAAAGUGUCAGCGUCGCUCCUGCAGGAGCUGCAAAAACUGGGACUCAGCAACAGCGCAGAGAGCGAGAAGAAAGAGAGUGAGAAUGUUAUGCACGGGACGCGCUGCAAGAACACAGGCUGCAAAACAGUCUAUCAAGGCCCAGAUACAGACAUGGAGGUCUGCAGCCACCACCCUGGAGCGCCCGUCUUUCAUGAGGGGUACAAAUACUGGAGCUGCUGCUGCAUAAAGACGACAGACUUCAAUGCUUUCCUGGACCAGAAAGGCUGCACCACAGGGAAACACCGCUGGGUUGCAAAACAGGACAAGAAGAAGGUGGCAUGUCGACAUGACUGGCACCAAACCGGAAACACAGUCGUGGUAACGAUUUACGCCAAGAACUCAAACCCUGAUUUCUGCACCAUAGAAGCUAACCCAACAGUGCUUUUAUGUCAAAUCCAGUUUGAGAAGAAUAAGAUUUUCAAAAGAGAAUUCCACCUUUGGGGGGUGGUCAAUGUCAAACAGAGCUCAGUCAACAUGGUCCCGUCCAAAGUGGAGAUCACGCUCCGCAAGGCCGACCAGGUGGCCUGGGGCAAACUGGAGGACCCAAACUACAAGCCUGAGCCGGAGCCUGUAGAUGACGACCUGAACGAAGCCCAGGAGUCCUACCAGCCCGACUGGGACAUCGACGAUGACGACAUCAGCGACUCGGAUGAGGAGUGGGCCUACGACACGCCUGAGAACAAGAAGAAGGUGGAGGAGAUCGAACAGCAAAGGAAGAGCAGGGAGGAAGAAGAGAUGCAGAAUUUAAAAAGGAAGGAGGUGGAGGAAGAGAUGAGAAGAUUGAUGGCGGAGCAGAAGAAGAUGGAGGAGGAGAAGAGGAAGCUAGAGGAGCAAAGGAGGGAGGAGGAGCAGGAAGGAUAUGAAGACAUGCCUGAUUUGGAGGAGCAUGGUGGUGAUGUGGAGUGAUGUCACACAAAAUAAGCAGUUUUCUUUUUUUCUUUUCUUUUUUUUUUGUAGCAAUCAAAGUUACAUUUUCUGAAUGUGAAAAAGGUUAAGAUAUCUGCUUUUUUUUCAGCCAUAACUUAAUGUUAUGUAAAUACCUUGACGCUUUGUUUUGCAUGAUAAAACGAUGAGCCCACUGCAGGUCUUUUUAUUUUAUAGUGCAACCUAAGCAGAAGACAAUAAAUGUUUUCUAU